CUCAGAGGCACAUCCUCACUACUUCGUCUUUAUCGAUUGUACGGUUCACUCGCCUGUUCUUAGACAAGAUGAGCUACAUCGCCCGCCGAGGUCUCUCGACCUUGAUCCCCCCCAAGAUUGCUUCUCCCAAUGCCAUCGGUGCCGCUAAGGAUGCCGCUCGCAUGGAGCGCGUUGUGAACUUCUACGCCAGACUCCCUCGCGGUUCCGCUCCCGACGUUAAGCCCACUGGCCUCAUUGGACGCUACCAGGCUCGUUACUUCGGCAAGAACCCUUCUGCUGCCCCUCUUGCCCACGCCAUUGGUGGUAUCCUUCUCAUCGGCUACAGCAUGGAGUACUACUUCCACCUUCGCCACCACAAGAACCACCCUCACUAAAUGCUUCACUUAUGUGUGGCUUGCGGAGGAUCUGUGUAUAUACCAGCGAACCUAGAUCGAAGCAAUGUAGAAGAGGCAUACCUCCAGCCCAGUUGCUCUGGCCUUGAUGCCGGCUUUUUCUCUUCUAAUUCCCGUUGAUUAUGUACACAGCGACUGUCGCGGUGCAUUGGUCGGUUGCGUAGUAGAUGAGGUGUAGAUGUAGGAUAUGGAGUGUCGCCGAUCCCAACACCACCCUUUGUUUCUCCAGUCAUUUAUAUGUGAAAUUUUGAGGACCGGAAGACCAAAUACGCAAGAUCAUUUUCAAUUUUAAAUAUCUUAGCGACAGUGAACGAUCCGCUUGCCUGUGACACAUCUCAUCCUUCCGGC